CAUAGCGGUGUUUACAUGAGGCUGCUGACUUCUGUGAUGCAACAUGGAAACCUUUUAGUCCUGCGAACAUGAAGCAGAAACGUUAAACUAUUCGUUAUUUUCAUAGUCAGCGGAUAACGGAGGAAUUUAUUUGUCUGCAACCGGAAGUUUAAAUUACAGAACGAUGUCUGAGCCCGUGAAAGCUAAUGCUAAUGCUAACGUGGAUCAGAAGAUUCUUCAGUAUGAACAUUUCAUCAACGAAGUUCUGAAGAGAGAUUUACAGAGGGUGUUUGAGCAGAGAGACUCGGUCUAUGAGAAGAUUUCUCAGUACCUGCAGCUGAAAAACACCAUCCAGACUCUGCAGGAGUCGGGCUCUCAGCAGCUGAAGACAGAAGUCGAUCUGGGCUGUAACUUCUACGUCCAGGCUGAAGUAGAGGACUCGUCCAGGAUCUACGUGGCGGUUGGUUACGGUUUCUUCUUGGAGAUGACUCAUGAUGAGGCUCUGAGAUUCAUCGAGAAGAAGACGAGUCAGCUCACAGCCUUCACGGAGCAGCUCACCAAAGACUCUGCAAAGAUUAAGGCCAACAUCCGGAUGGUUCUGGAGGGUCUGAGGGAGCUGCAGGGUCUGGCUGACCUGCCGGAGAGCAGAAGAGGAGACAUUUUCUAGACUCUUCUGGACCGAAGUGACAGGUAGCUGAUGCAUUCAGACUGAAGAGCAUCGCAGGGGAGAGGAGAGGAGGAAAUGUGACUGUCCUCACAGCUGAUUAAAGUCAUCAUCCAGGACAUUUGAACCCUGGAGAAAGUACAGGAUCUGAUCCACCACAGACAAAGACCCUGUGGGAAACGUGACAGGAGGAUGAUGACUGUCAGUACUCAGACGUUUCAUUUCAGCAUCAUCUGUGGCUGUCCAGGGAAGAAAGGUGUUAGAUUCACAUUUUGUCUUUUUUAAAUGAGGAACUGUCCCCACAGUACCAGACCAGCAACGAUACCAACAGCAAGCAUCCCUACACCUUUAAAUGAUGGCACAAGGUGACUGUUAGGUCUUACAAGAGGGUGAAAUCUGCAGCAGAGCUCUUUAGUUGAGGUAAAUAUAAAUCCUUUUUAUGGUGUGGCUGUUUUGUAAAUCUGUACAUGUUUAAUAAAUAAUGAUUUGGUUAA